AUGGUAUCAGAACUCACCAGCACCGUCACCCUGACCGGGAUAGCUGGCCACAAACUGGAGCUCCCCACCGGACUCUUCAUCAACAACCAAUUCGUCCCCUCCAAAACUCACAACACCCUUGAAACCCUGAAUCCCGCCACUGGUGAACAGCUCGCAGUAAUAUCCGCGGCUUCCCUAGAAGAUGUCGACCUCGCUGUCCAGCACGCAAAGGCUGCCUUCAAAUCAUGGCGCAAAUCCCACGGCCCUGUCCGACAAAAGCUGCUCCUCAAACUCGCCGACCUGAUCGAGCGAGACGCCGACGAACUAGCUACACUCGAUGCCCUCGACGCAGGGAAAAUCUUUGGGGAGUCGAGGCACAUGGAUGUUCCCAAUGCGAUUGAGCACCUAAGGUAUUUUGCAGGCUGGGCCGAUAAGAUUGAUGGAAAGAGUUUGCGGAUCCCGAAUGGGUUUGCGUGGACGCAGCGAGAGCCGAUUGGGGUUUGUGCUACGAUUGUGCCGUGGAAUGCUCCUUUGAUGAUCACGAUCUGGAAACUCGCGCCAGCGAUAACGGCUGGCAACGUGUUGAUCAUCAAGACUGCUGAACUCACUCCUCUCUAUGGCAUCAAGCUCGCCCAAUUAGUCCUCGAAGCUGGAUUCCCUGCUGGAGUCAUUCAAAUUCUGACAGGACUCGGCACCGUUACCGGGAAAGCAAUGUCUCAGCACAUGGAGAUCUCGAAACUUGCUUUUACCGGCUCCGGCACGGUUGGGAGGCAGAUUAUGAUUGAGGCCGCGAGGUCGAAUCUGAAAAAAGUGACCCUUGAACUUGGUGGCAAGUCACCUUCUAUUAUUUUCGAUGAUGCGGAUCUUGAGAAUGCGGUGUUCUGGGCGGUCAUUGGAAUUACAGCACAUAAUGGACAGAUUUGUGUGGCUGGGAGUAGACUGUAUGUUCAAAAAGGGAUCUAUGAUAAAUUUGUGGAGAAGUUCAGGGAGAUGAGCUUAAAGGCUGUUGCUGGGGAUCCCCUCCUACAAGACAGUACUAAGGGCCCAGUUAUUAGCAAGGUUCAACAUGAGAAGAUUCUGGGACAUAUUCAGAAGGGUGUUGAGCAAGGAGCAAAACUACUUUACGGAGGGAAAGACGUUGAGGGGAAAGGGAACUUUGUGGAGAAUACGGCGUUCGUGGAUGUUGGGGAGGAAAUGAGUAUGAUGCAGGAGGAGAUCUUCGGCCCUGUGGCGGCAAUUACCAAAUUCGAGACGGAAGAAGAGGUGAUCGAAAAGGCAAACAGCACCUCAUACGGACUGAGCAGCGCCGUUUUUACCAACGACGUCUCACGUGCACAGAGAGUUAGUCAAGCACUUGAAGCUGGACAGGUUACUGUAAACGCAUGGGCUAUGCUGAAUCCUAACACACCGUUUGGAGGGGUGAAAGAGAGUGGAUUUGGGAGAGACAUGGGUGAAGAUGCGUUGGAUGGGUGGACGGUAUUGAAAACAGUGAAGAUUGCAAUUUUGCCUGGGAAGCUGUGA